AUGAGUAAUGUUGGAAACAAUGCUAGUACAAAUCCAAAUCCUAGGAUAACAGAUGAUGAGAGAAGACUUUUAGAUAGUAUGGAGGAUAGUAGAGAUGAUAGUGCUUUCCUGAACGAUGAGUCGGUCGAUCAAGUAGAUCCGAUCGAGAUGGAACUACGAAGAAAGAUGUUGUCAAUGCUCACUACCUCGACAUCACAAGGUGGUUCAGAAAGCACAAAACAUCAGCCACCAACACGUGCAAACAUCUUAAAGAAACUUCAUACUCAUCAAACAUCUGAAUAUGUCAAUAACAAAGAUAAUAACAAUAGUAUAAAUUUAAAUUCAAGUAAUAAUAGUAUAAAUACAAACAGUAACAAUAACAACAACAACAACAACAACAACAUUAAAGAUUAUUAUAAUACAAAUAUAUAUAAUGAUUUAGAUGAUUAUGAAGGUAUUUCAAAUAAUAAUAAUAAUAAUAAUAAUAAUAGUAAUAGUAAUAGUAAUAGUAAUAAUAAUAAUAAUAAUAAUAAUAAUAUUAGUCAAAAUAACCUUAGUAAUACAAUUGGAUAUGGAAAUAUAAAUACAAAUACAAAUGGAAAUGCAAGUGGAAAUGGAAGUGGUUCAUUUGGUGAUAGCUAUGUUACUUGUGAGAGAUAUCGUAUUGCCAAGAUUGCAGAUGAAUUUAAAUGGGACGUUGUUGAACAUGAUUGUGUACUGAAGGAAUAUAGACUGUAUGCUGUCGAGGAGUGGAUAUUCAAAUCGAGUAGAUUGUGGUCUGCCGUAGAGUAUACCGGCAAUCAAUCCGACCAGAUCUAUGUGAGUGUAGUUCGUCCUACUCGACGAUCGACAUCGGAAACCAACAACAAACAACUGCAGAACAUGCUAUCGAAAGCACCGUCCGGUUCAUUCUAUACGAUUCGCACACCACUCGGUCAACUUGUACUGGCAAACUCCUCUGUUUCCUCGCACUUCGGAUUGAAUUUGAUACCGAUUCCCAACGGUGAUUUCGACCGACACAUCGAAACGCUAAAGUUGAAUCUACUGCUGAAACGGCUUGGUUGUACGCGUCCAAAGUAUCAGCUGUCGAUUCAACCACUGAUUAACAACAACAACGCCUACGAGAAGCUGCGCUUCGAAUCACUUGCCAACGCCAAUCAAACCAAUCUUCAAAGCGUUACCAACUUUGUCAAAGAGAUACAAGCGGCGCUGUCACAUCUCAACUAUCUGCCGCUACUCACCAAGAUCGAUGGUCAGUACGACCAGAAGCUGAUCAACGCAGUCAAGGCAUUCCAAACCGAUUUCAACAAACGCAACAACGCCGCCAAAGACAAAGAUCAAAUGCUACAGGUCGAGGGUUACAUUGACCAGAACACCUUCAAAGGCAUCGUAACGGAGAUCAUGAGUCUUCGCCGAAAGAUAGAAUCACUCGGUUUCAAAACACCCGAUAAUCCAAUCAAGAACUACAUCGAUUUCAACGAACUAAUGAAAUCAUUCCAAGAUUCCUACGGUAUCUAUCCCGAUGCACCAGGAAAGAAUAUUUUAACAUAUCUUGAGAAUAUCAAUAAGAUGAAUCAACACCAUCAUCAGCAACAACAAUUUUAUUAUGAUAGUGACGAUGAUGAAAAUGAUGAAAAUAACAGUGUGAAGAGUGAGAAUAUAUUGGAUAGUGCAAGUAGUUUUAGUGAGACGGAGAGUAGCGAUGGAUUUAAUUUGCCUUCUUCGCCUAUACCUCUGAAGAACAAGUCGGUUGUUACUAGUAUUUCAACUCCAACUUCAGACACCUCAAGACAUUCAUCUCCAUCAAUGAUAGCUGCUAAUGUAAAUCAACAACAACAACAACAACAAAUGCAACAACAACACCACCAUCAGUCAUCAUCACCUACAACCAACAGUCCAUUCAGUUCAUCACCUGUUCAUGCACCAUCUUCCGCUCCUCAUGGCCAGCUUCUCUCGCGUUCAAACAAAGGCAUUCCAACUGCACUAACAGAACAAUCCAACCAUUUAUUACAACAACAGCAACAACAUCAACAACAUGGUGAUAGUACUACUGCUACCAGCACUACAAAUACAACACCAUAUUACAAUGAAGAUAUCUAUGAAUACUUUGAAUCGGUAGAGGACGCAGAAGAGAAAAUGAAACUUAAAGAAACGAUUGUCAAGCUUGAAAAGAUGAUGGAAGUACAACAGACAGACUAUGACAAGCUUAAACAAGAGUUUGAAACACUCUCUGAACACUAUGCCGACAUGAAAGAGCAAGCUGCAAGAUCGAUGGCAAUCAUCUCAACCAACGAAAAGCUAUUCCAAGAGAUCUACAAUCGCUGGGGUAAGACAAUUCGCAAAGAACUACCGGAAAUAGAAGAAAAGAUAAAUUUAAAUGUUGAUACAAUACAAUCAUGUUCAAAUAGAAUUAAAAGAUUAGAAGAUAUUGUAAUCUCUGUACAGAAAAAAAAUGAAAGAAAUAUAUUUACAAUAAUAACUUCAUCGCUUUUGAGCAUUGUAUCGUUGAUCGCCGUUGGAUUUGCAUAUCUAAUCAUGUUUUUCUCUGGACUAAAAAGGAAAUGGUAUCCUAGCUCCAAACCAAAAUCAUCUAGCGAAGAGAUUCAGCGAUUUAUCAGUAAACAAAAGAUAAAGAUAUCGGAACUCAUAGAAGAUUUAGAUUACAACGAAGAUAAUGAUAAAGUUCAAUAA